UCUCUACUCUCGUUGUCGUAUGUUGCGGAGAAUUUAUUAGAUCUCUUUUAGGGUGAAGAAAUAAUGAAUUGUUCUCUGGUGCAGCGGGACGAAGGGGGUUACUGCGUCCAACCAUUGAUCGUCCUGAGCUACUGCAAUUGCAAUUGCCCCCAUCGGCCCUUCAUCUAUACGAAAAGGGAGAAUUAAAAGGGCACGCGAAUAAAGAUGGAGUGGUUCACGAAACGGGCGAUUAAAUUCGGGCUGAAGAAAUUUUUGGGGAAAUUCAUUUUGGGGGAGCUCGAUUUAGAAGGGCUUGACGUCCAGCUUGGUGCCGGCACAAUUCAACUCAAUCUUCUUCAAUUGAAUACUCAAUAUUUGAAUCAACAGUUGGGUGCAGCAGCAGUCAGUGUCAAAGAAGGAUUUAUUAACAAAUUAUCAAUCAAAAUUCCAUGGAAAGUUCCAAUAGACAAUUGUGAGGUUGAACUGGAGGAUGUUGUACUUGUUCUUAGUCCACGAACUGAGGUCAGAACUUCUGAAUGUACUGAUGAAUGUUCUAUUUCAGAAGCAUGUUCCAAACCAUCAUCUUCAAGGCUUGCUGCAGAGCAUGUGAAAGGCUCUAAGGUACAUGAAAAAGGAGUCUUCAAUUAUCCAGGUGUGCAUGAUGGAGUUCAGAUGAUUGUAAAGAAGGUGGAAAGUCUGCUUCUGGGUCUUCGUGUUAAAAUAAAGAAUCUUGUUAUUGCAUUUGAGGAGGGAACAAAGACAUCUAGUACAGCAUCGGGAUUUGAAAGCAGUUGUCAAUCUCAUAGUAUUUUGGUACUUCGAAUGCCAGAAAUAGAAUAUGGAACUAGGGUGUCUGGCAGUUCUUGCGAAAAUGUUUAUGCUUCUGAAGAUUUAAAAGGAGUGGUUAUGUUGAUGCCAAUUAUAAAGUUUUGUGGUGCAAGAAUUGAUCUUUAUGAUGCACCACCGUACAUGGAUGCACAAGCAGAAACACAUAUUGCAUCGAUUUUAACUGGUAACAGAGCAAGAAGUGGUAUUUGUGACAACUUUGUGCCAAUCAUAGAAGGUAAUGAUGUUGGCUUCUCUGGAUCUGUUCAGUUAAGCAUACCUUGGAAAAGUGGCUGCACAGAUAUUCCCAAAAUUGAUGCUGAAAUUCUCAUUGAUCCUGUUACAUUGAGAUUGCAGCUAUGUACAAUAGAAAGAUUGAUUUUGUUGUUUCACUCUCUUGGAGGAUAUAAAGGGACUGACAGUCAACCUACAAUUGUUCCUAAGAAUAAGGGACAAAAUCUGGGGCUUGGUCAUGAUGAGCAUGCAUGUGAUCGCUGCCCUAGUGAAUCACUGAUGAAUGAGGGAAUGUUUAGUUCAUGUGCAGAGUCAUUUUCAAGCGUAUCUGCAUCAGUGAUGGAGGAAACUGCAAAAUCUACUUUGUUUCCGGAGUCAAGGUUCAUAUCUAACUGGAUGCAAAGAGUUGAUCUAGAAGAAAGCAUUGAUGAAUUCUUUGAGUGUUUUGAUGGUGCACGGAGCUUUCAAGUUGGACCAGCUAGUAGCAGCUUACUGGGUUUGACUUAUUCAGUUUUUAGUGCUAUAACUGCUGCUUCUACCCUUUCUAAUGGACCGGUACUCAUAAAUUCUGGAGAACAACGGGUGGAAUGCAAUCUGAAGACAAAAUUGGCUGGUUUCUCGGUGAUUCUUGCAAUUGAAGAUCUGAAUCAUAAUCGUUUAAGUGAUUUGGAUGGUAUAUGUACAUUUUCACAUAUGAAUACUGGACGAUUGGAUGGCUUGAGGGCCAGUUCCCUAGCAGACAGCAAUGCUAGUUUUGCAUCUUCCAUGGAAAAGUCAAGGUUUGAAUGUCUGCAACAGGAGGCUAGGUGUUGGGCCACAGAAAAUUUGUUUUUGGAAGCCAACUUCGAAAAUUUGAAAUUUACCUUUCAAGUCACAGAUGAAGAAGUGAGGUUCAAAGCAGGUAUGAAGCAAUUUGAAAUAUUUGAAUACCUUCCUGAAGAUGGUGAGAAAAAAGUGAGUUGCAGCUUGCCAAAUUUUGAAGAGCACAUCAAAACUAGUAUGUUAUCCAUCAGUAGCUUACAAUCUGAAGUUGAAGAUGUGCUGCCCUCCUUUCCCCUAUCUCUGCAGACUUCUAAUGCAGCAAACAACAUGGCUAACAUGGUUAAGGUUAAAUUGUUAACUUCUAAGUCUGAUUCUGAUCAUCAGAUUUCCUUGAUUUAUCGAUUUGCUGAUUCUAACUGUAUCAACUCCAAAAUUAGCUGCACAAAUUUUGAUGUACAGCUUGAGCCAUUUGUUUUAUGGGUUGAUUUUUACAUGGCAAAUCGACUGUGGCAUUUGACUCAAGCAAUUGAGAAUGUAUCUGGCAAACUCAACAAAGUUUCAGAUGAACCAACAAAUGACUAUUCUUCUACAGGAGGAAAUGAUUCCUCAAAAGGGAGCAUACGGGGUACUGUUCUUGUAUCAUCUUCUAGGGUUAUUCUGUGUUUUCCAAAGGAAAGCAGCAAGAGCAUUAAUCCACACUCUCUAACACACAAUUUCCUUUGUAUUGAUACGUCUGAUUGUGUACAUUUAAGUAAAUGCCAGCCUAAAACGGUUCUCAAACAACAGGAAAGUUCUCUAAAAGAUUGUUACAUCUCUCCGUCAAGUUCUAUCAGUCUAAAUGUGGGGGAGUGUAAUCUUUUUUUGAUUUCACCUAAUAAAAAGAAUGAGGGUGAGUGGAUGAAUGGUGCCGCCAAAGAACUUUCACUUCAGGCUCGGAAAGUUUUCAGUGUGUGCAGUGAAAAAGAAAAAAACUAUUCAACCGUUGGCAUCCAGUGGCAGGAGGCUCCUGGAUCAGGGAGUAGGAUUGCAGAAAAGGUAUGGGAAUCAGCCAAUAAACACUGGACAAGAGAAAUUGAAAAUGCUAAAGUCAUUCCAAACAACCAAGAAUUUAUACGCGCAACUACUGCAGGAGCUUUAGAAGAUAAUGAUUCUCACAUUCGAGAGAAGAUGAUCCAAAGUUCAACCUUAUUUAUUUUCUUUUCUCUACCACAUGCAAAGGUUGAUCUAUAUGGCUCUGAACACAUUGUGAUAGUCAAUCUUCUAAGUGAUCUCAUUGAUUGUGUUGGUUUUGAUGGGCACACAAGAAUAUCUUCAAAUUCAGAAAAUCAUGACAGUGAAAGCCAGUCCUACACGGGUGAAGGCCUUUGCUCAAAGGUAUCACAGAUAUCAUUUCUCUUAGAGUGUAAGGUUGUUGAUAUUGCCGUGCAUUUGAAAGAAUUGCUGGACAUAAGGGCAUCAAUGAAGAAGGAACUUCCUGGUUUAUGGGCUGACUUUAGCUUAAGAGUUCAGGAAUUUGAUACUUUGUCAGUGUCAAACCUUGGAGGUGUCUCUGGAGCCUCUUACUUUUGGUUGAGUCAUGAUGAGGGAUUGCUGCAAGGAUCACUGAGUGAUAGAAUGGAAAAAUCAUCUGAAGCAGUCAAACAUUUUGAUUUAUUACAUUGCAAAAGGAAUGUUCUAAGACGCGGUGAUGGGGGAGGGGCUAAUGUAUUGUCCAGUGGUAAUCCAGGAACAACAAUCAUACAUGUUAGCCACCCACAACAAUUGCAGAGUCUUACAACUGUUGUAAUCCGCUGCAGUACACUCAUUGCUCCUGGUGGUCGGCUUGACUGGUUGGCUGCAGUCAUUUCAUUCUUUAGUCAAUCUGCUAUUGAUAAACAUCGAUGUCCUGAUACUGGUGCAGAAGGAACUGAUACCAAUUCACAUGACAGUUCCUAUGCCACUUCCUUUUUACUAGAAUUAGUAGAUGUUGCUGUGAGUUAUGAACCUUUUUUUAGGUUUCCAACCAUAAGAAGUUCCGGGACAAGUGUGCCCCCAAGUUCUGGCAACCACAGUAAUUCAAUUGAAGAGGAAUGCUCACCAGUGGCAUGUGUUUUAGCUGCUUCUUCAGUCUGUCUUUCAAUUCAGACUAAGUCAAAUACUGUCGAGAAAAAGUACAACGUCUUCUUCCAAGAUGUAGGACUUCUGGUUUUAGACAUAUCAAAACGAAGAAGUAGCAAACAAGGUUAUGAUGCAAAUGCAUUACUCUCUCAAGGGUAUGUGAAGAUUGGUGAAGUGGCUUCAAUGAAAGUGGUAGUAAGAAUGAAUUGUAACGACAACCUUCUUUGGGAAGUUACAUGUAACGAAUAUCAGAUUUUGUUAAAAACUUGUUAUGACACAACUGCAACUCUUAUGCGUUUGGUUGUGCAGCUUCAGCAACUAUUUGCACCUGAUUUUGAAGAGUCGUUUGUGCAUCUACAGACAAGGCUAAGGGACAGCAAGCAGGGAAGUCUAAUGAAGGUCAACAGAGAAAAUUCUGAGGGUUCAUCCCAAGUUAACAGGAAUGUUGACGCAUCUGAUGGUGAUGAUGAGGAUAUGGAUGACUCUGAUAGUUGUGAAGAUGCACUAGCUGGGUUGUUGGUUGGCAUUCUUGAAAAUGCUUUUUCUCCAAGAAUAAACUUGAAAGGAGUAGUUGAAAAUGGCGCAGUUUUGGGUUCUACAUGCAAAGGCGAGUCUCAUUUUCUUGUUAGUGGACCUGUUGUAGAGGAAGGAUGUUCUUUGGAUUAUACAGCUUCUACAUCUGUUGUGAAUUUAGAUUAUACAGUGAAAGACAGAAUACCAAGCGAGCCUAAAGCAGGCAUUCAAGGUGGGGGAGUGGAUGUCUUAUUUCCUGUUAUAGAAGAUUAUUAUUAUCAUCCUGAAGUAUUUGCCAGCUCACAAAGGUCUGAAAGCAAGAAACUAUCGUUUGGGGAACCAGAGAGGCCUAGAAUCACCAAGAACAUGCCCUCAACUAAUGUUGUGGAUGGAAAGGGUGUUUGGUAUGACACAACAGUGACAGUCUUGGAAAAUCAUUGCUCAGAAGUUAAUUUCCGGAACAAUUGUAGAUCACAAGACGAUGAAGACAACUUGUCCAGUGUUGUUGGAGCUUCUAUCUCAGCCUCCAAAAAUUUGCAGGAACUAGGUCGAAUCUUGCUUAAGAACUUCAGUGUCAAAUGGAGGAUGAUUGCAGGUUCAGACUGGCCUAUCUUGAAGAAAUGUGAUUCUCUUACUACAAAUGGAGAAUGCACAAGAAAUGAAAGUGCUUGUUUGGAAGUUGAAUUGCAUGGAGUAGACUUUCAGUAUGAUGCCUUUCCCGAUGGUGGGGUUUAUGCAUCAAAAAUUUCCUUUUCAAUACAUGAUCUCUUAAUUUUAGAUCACAGUGAAAAUGCUCCUUGGAAAAAGGUAUUGCUCGACUAUCAUUCAAUAUUGCAUCCAAGAGAGUCAUCUGCAAAAGCAUUGAAAUUGCAGCUAGAAGCUGUAAAGCCAGACCCUUCAACUCCACUUGAAGAAUAUAGGUUAUUUGUGAAGCUGCAUCCUUUACGGUUACAUCUUGAUCAAAGUCAGCUUGACUUCUUUAUUGAAUUUUUUUCCCAAUUAGCAGCUUUGGCUUCUGUACAAGGAGAUUCAUCUAGUCAAAUGUCAAGCAACAGAAGUAUUCCAGUUCAUGCCACCGAUGCAAUGACAGAAAACAAUCUUCUCCCCUUCUUUCAGAAAUGUGAAAUACGACCAUUGACCAUUCAUGUUGACUACAUUCCUCGUCGAUUUAAUUUUGUUGCAUUAAAAGGGGGCAAUUAUGCUGAGCUGCUUAAUCUAUUUUCAUGGAAGGGCAUCAAUUUGCAUUUAAAACAUGUUGAAGCUGCUGGGGUUUAUGGCUGGGCUCGCAUUUCAGAAAUUGUCAUUGAUGAAUGGCUGGAAGAUAUUACACAAAAUCAGGUGCACAAGCUAGUUAAAGGGGCUGCACCUAUCCGAUCCCUAUGUGCAGUUGGUUCUGGUGCUGCAAAAUUGGUUUCUGUUCCAGCUGAGCAUUACAGAAAAGAUCGUCGUUUAGUCAAAGGCGUGCGGAAAGGAGUGACAGCAUUCCUCAAGAGCAUCUCACUUGAAGCUCUAAGUGUUGGGGUUCAUUUGGCAUCAGGAGCCCAUGGAAUUCUGGUGCACACAGAAUCUGCAUUAGGAAGCCUCCCACCUUCGUCUUCACGAGCAUCAUGGGAAUGUUCAGAGAUGGAUGGAAAAUGCAAUCAACCUGGGGAUGCAUGCCAGGGUUUAGUGCAGGCCUGUGAAAGUCUUACACGUGGCUUGGAGAGGACAGCUGCUUCUUUAAUAAGCAAUCCAGUCAAGUCAUAUAAUCGCGGGGAUGGGGCGGGAACAGCUAUUGCAUCCGCCUUUCGAGGUGCUCCAGCAGCUGUUAUUGCUCCAGUUUCUGCUGCUGCUGGUGCUUUUCAUCGGGUGCUUCUGGGAGUAAGAAACAGCCUUGAUCCUGAGCGGAAGAAAGAGUCUGAGGAGAAGUAUUCUGGACUGCUACCUGCCGUGAUAGUGGCUGAUUGAUAAUUGUGUUGAUGUUCUAUGGUCCUUUUGUUCACAGAUUAUAAUGCCCUGUAUAUUGUAUGUUUUGGGGGAAUCCCAUCGUUCGUGUACCAUAUCACCUUGAGAAGUUUUGGAUUCCAAUUUCUAUUUCUCUCUGAAGAUGUACAUAUUUGCCUAUUGAAUUCUUUGGAAAGCUUUCUGAAAUAAAAGAAGUAUGCAUCCCGAUGUUCAUGCAUCAUGUUGUAUAAAGUUUUCUGGUGGGCGGCUUGCUGUUCCGGGCCCUGUAAAUCAUGUAUUUUAAUUUUCAGUGAUAAGGCUGCUGUUUGUUCCGGGAAGCAGUGGACAUUUGGCUGAUAGGAUAGUCAGUUACAUUUGCUCCCAUUUAUUGUAUUUGUUUUGAGGCUAAAAUUUCCUCCUUAUCUCGAUUCUUUGCUUGAAGGAGCAGAGCAUUCUUUGUUUUGCAAUUUUUUAUUUGUUUCCAUGUAAGGAAAUUCUAUGUCAUGAUGUUAUUGUCACAAUGGUGUUGUGAUAAAAUUUGGUUUUGCAUUUCA